AUGAGUACGCAGAGCCCACUGCCUCUGUAUGAGCUGGUUAAGCACAGCCUGCUGAAGAGUGAGACCUUAGCCAUUAUUCCUCUGGAUGGCCUGCCCAGCCUGAUCUUCCACGAAAUGUUCAUGGAGGCCCUCAUGUGUGGACAUGAUGAGGUCCUGAAGGUGAUGGUGCAGGCCUGGCCUUUCCCCUGCCUCCCUUUGGGAUCCCUGAUGGAGAUGAGGAAACCUGGGAAUCCACAGUCUGAACUAGAAAAUCUCCAGCUGGAGGAGAGGAAUCUACAGACUCUGAAAGCUGUGCUGCAUGGGUUGGAUAUGCUGCUGGCCCAGAAGGUUCACCCCAGCAGACAGAAACUGCAGAUCCUGGAUUUGAGGAAUGUGCACCAGGACUUCUGGACUCUGGGGCCAAGAGCCAUGGCUCAUGCCUGGGUACCAGAUAACAAGUGUGGGGAACAAACAGUCAGUGACUGCCAAGUAAACAGGAAGAAGCAGCUCCUGAAGGUGACAGCAGAGCUUCUCACCAUGAAUGUAAGUGGAAAUCUAAAUGGAUUCCAGGCCUACCUCUUUGAGUGGGCCCAGCAGAGAAGACAUCUGGUCCACCUGUGCUGUAGGAAGUUGGAGACUUAUGAGAUGCCCUUUGAUACCUUCAUGGAUGUCUUAAAGAUGCUGGAGCUGAACUGUGUUCAGGAAGUGGAAGUGUGUGACUUCUGGAGUGUGAAAAACUUGGCAUCAUUUGCUCCUUAUCUUGGCCAAAUGAGAAGUCUUAAAAAACUUGCUCUCUUUUCAUUCACUAAUGGAUAUUGUAGUCCCUCAAGUAACAUUUUGGAGUAUGUGGAUGAGUUCUCUCUUUACCUCCGGGAGCUGAACUGCCUCCAAGAGCUCUACCUAGGCUGUGCCUAUUUCCUCAAAGGCUGCCUGGACCAGGUGCUCAGGUACCUGAAGAUUCCCUUGAAGACUCUCUCAAUAACUCACUGGGAAGUUUUCCCAUCAGACUGGAAACAUCUGUCACAGUGCCCUAACAUCAGUCAGCUGAGAGACCUGGAUCUGAGGGGAGUCAGACUGACUCAAUUUAAUCCCAAGCCCAUGCAGCUUUUGUUGGACAAAGUUGCAGGCACCCUGACCACCCUGGACUUGGAAUCAUGUUAUAUGACAGAUUCCCAGAUCAGCGCCAUCCUGCCUGCCCUCAGCCACUGCUCCCAGCUCACCACCAUCUGCUUCUAUGAGAACAACAUCUCCAUGUCUGUCCUGAAGGACCUGCUGGGCCACACUGCCUCCAUGAGCCACUUAAGUCUGGAGCAGUACCCUGCCCCACUGGAGAGCUAUAAUGACACUGGCGAUCUGCAACCAGAGACAUUUGUCCAACUUUGUGCUGAGCUGAGGGAGACUCUGAGAGCCAUAAGGCAGCCAAAGAUGGCUGUGUUUGGUGCAGAUCCCUGCCCACAUUGUUACCACCGAUUCCUCUAUUGCACUGAGGCCUCUCCGUGUAGCUGUGGGUUUAACUAUGAUUGCAAAACUAUCAGAAGUUUUCUUCUGGACUUUUGGAAUCAGAAGCCAAGGAAUAGGAUUAUCUAUAAGAGGAUCCAACAAAGUCUAGACCCUUGUUUUCUGUGA